CCCAGGCAGACAGGGCAGAAUAGCCUGGGUUAAGGUUACCUUGAAGCCUCUGUCCCGUCCUAAGCUUCCCGAUCUACACCAAUCAUGGGCAGGGGAAACUUUUAGGCUGGAUCUCGAACUCUCCACUGGCCGGCCCUGGAACCUUUCCCCUGGACUUUUUGCUCUCUUCCUGGACAUUAACUGAACCUCUUCAGAGACCCUGAGACUGUGACCCUUUGAAUUAUUUUCAAUUGUGAUUCUUUAGGGGGGAUUAAACAUCCAGUCCAGACACCAGGUGUAAUAUAUUUAGGGUCUCUUUGCAUGGUCCCAUCCUCUCCUUGACGAUCAGGACUCAAACAGGAUUAGCCCCGAGGCGCUGCAUGUAUUUUUUUCCACACAACUCUGUUGCUGAAAUUACAUUUUCAAAACUGCCAUGACUGAGGGAGUCGAAGCACAAUCCUUCACCACAACCAUGGUCAUUGAGAGCAAAAAUGGAGAGGCAGGACACCCCCCAGCCAGGGUGACCAAGAGGACCGCGACUGACGACCUGUACACCACCUUCAGUUCCCCUAUGGCCUGGAUCCUGGUCGUAGCCCUGGUCGUCACCUGGUCUUGUGUGGCCAUCAUCAUGUUUGACCUGAUAGACUACAAGGGCCUCACAGAUCAUACAUUAUACUGUGACGACCCCUGUUUGCCACCUGGGGUCUCCCCACCUCCCGCUGUCAGGAAAGUAAUUAAGGAUGCAGGAAGGUCUAGAGGAAGCAUUCAGCAUAUCAGCUCGGACCCCAUGAAAAUGGUGAACGAGGCGGUGGAGGAGUCCACUGACUGGGGCAAACUGCUUCUGACCUUUGUCUCCAGCCUGGUAGCACCCGAGGAGGAGGAAAUGGAAGGUGAGCUACAUCCAGUUAAGAAAAAAGCUGCAUUCCUACCGUCCAGAAAACAAGUUGCAGGGAUGUUUGCCGAGGAAAAGGAACCAGUUGCAGAAGUAGAGGAGGAGGAGGAGGAGGAGGAAGAAGAGGAAGAUGAUGUAGAUGAAGUGGAAGAUGAGGAAGAGGAUGAGGAUAUGGAAGAAGAAGAUGAAGAUGAGGAAGAAGAUGAUGAGGAUGAGGAAGAGGAGGAAGAAGAUGAAGAAGAGGAGGAAGAGGAUGAGGAAGCAGCAGCUGAGGCCGAGGUAGAUGAGGAUGAUGAUGAUGAUGAUGAUGGUGAAGCAGAUGAAGAGGACUCUGCUGCAGCGACUGAAGAAGAUGAUGAUGAGGACGAAGAGGUGGCUUCAGAGGCUGAUGAUGAGGAGGGUGAUGAGGAGGAGGAGGAGGCUGCUCCACAUGCUGAUGAUGAGGAGGAGGAAGAGGCUGCUCCAGAGGUGGCUGCUGCCGAGGCUGAUGAUGAGGAAGAGGAGGAGGAAGAAGCAGCUGCAGCUGAUGAGGUGGCAGAGGAAAAUGAAGGUGAAGAUGAAGCUGCUGCAGAGGUCAUUGCUGAGAUUGAUGAGGAUGAGGGCCCCAUUCUGAUUGAUGUUGAUGACACAGAGACAGACACUUCUGUUGGAGAUGAUGGAGAGGAGGAUGACACCAUAGCUGAAGCUGAAACUGAAGCAAUUACAGAUGAGGAUGCCAGUGAUGCUGCUGCUGCUGCUUCCACUUAUGAUGAUGAUGGUGAUAAUGAAGAGGAUGAAAAUGCUGUAGCUGGUCCUGCUGCUGCUGCCAGUGAUGAAGCCACAGAUGAUGCUCCUGUUUCGACUGCAGAUGAUGAUGAUGAUGAUGUUGAUGAGGAAGAUCAUAGCAUAGAUGUUGACCAAACAGAUGAUGAUACUAAACCCAUUGACCUAGAAGAUGACGAUGAUAAUCUUGCUGAUAGUGAGGAUAUGGAUAUCUCAGACACAUUAGCUGAGGAUACAACUGAUGACUCUACAGAUUUAGAGGACACUGAUGAUGACGAUGAUGGCAAAGUCAGUGAGGACAGUGGGGCCGUCGUUGAUGACGGUGACAAUGACAAAACAGUCGAGGAUUCAGGAGAGACCGUUAGAGAUGUCGCAGACAUUUCUGAUGACACAGAAGACGAUGACGACGAUGAUGAUGAUGAUGAUGAUGAUGAUGAGGUGAAGGAUUCAGCUGAAGAGAUUGGCAAAGAAGAUGACGAUGAGGAUAAUGAAAUCAUAACCGAAGCCUUUGAUAGCUCAGCACCUGAAGAAGAUGAUCUAUCCAAGGAUGAUGACGAUGACGAUGACGAUGAUGACAUUGAUGACCUUCUUUUGACAGAACUAAAGGUCAAGCAAGCUACUCCUCCAGCAGAACAAGCAGUGUGCCCUUGUAUGCAUUCGUCCAAGCCCAAAGAGGCCAAAAGUGAGCCAACGGAGGAGAAAGAGGCAGAGCUCCCUAAAAAGGAACCAGUAGUGAGAGCUAAGAGAGAGCGUGACAUGUGCAGGCCAGUUGACAAGCCAAAAAGGAGAGAGGCUGCAAGGAAAUUGGAAUUAGAAGCGGCGAUCAGGAAGAGAGAACUAAGACUUAAAAAGGAAGCGAAGGCCACAAAGGAAGAGUCUCAUCAUGUAGAUGCUGGGGUGCCUGCACCUGCACCUGCGCCAGUUCCCGCCUGUCAACCCACACCAGUCUACUGGCCAUCAUCAUCUCCUGGCUGGUAUUUGCAUCAUAUAUUCACAGACAAUCCAUUUCCACCUACAACUAUGACAGCUCAUCCAGCUCAGCCAUUUUACCAAGCUCCUCCAGCUUACCAAGCUCCUCCAGUUUAUCAAGCUCCUCCAGCUUAUCAAGUGUAUCAAGCUCCUCCAGUUUAUCAAGCUCCUCCAGCUCAACCAGCACCAGCUCAACCAGCACCAGCUCAACCAGCUCAACCAACAGCUCCAGUUCUACCGGCUGAACCAGCACCUGCAACAGCACCUGGACCAGCACCUGGACCUGCACCAGCUCCAUCGACUCAAGAACCACAGGCUCCCAAAGAAAAGGCUGCCUCCACAAAGAAGGUUCCAAAGGAAGAUACCAAGGCAGCUGCCUCAAAGACAGAGUCUCCUAAAGGAAAAGUUAAGACGCAAGAACUUGCGGUGUCCAAAGGGAAGUUCAAACCAGCUGUUGUGAAGAAAGGAGCUGUUGUCUCUGAAGAAAAUACAAAAGCUUCCACGACAAAGAAAGAGGUUGUUGUUUCCAAAGAUAAAGCUAAAACAACAACUGCCAAGAAAGAUCCUGUGGAAAAGGACAAGGACAAAAUAACUCCUACAAAGAAAGAGCCUGCAAUCUCCAAAGAAAAAGUUAAGGCAACCACUAGCCAGACAACCACACCCUCUACCAAGAAAGUUGUUUUCGAACCCGAGGCCCCUAAAGAGAAAGCCACUCCAAGAGUCCCCACUAUGAGAAAAGGUAACCACACAAAUGUAGUGGCGCCAAUGGCAAAAGCCACCGGAAGAGUUGUCGCUAUAAGACCCACGUCUACGAGAAAAGAAGACAAGGUGAAGGAUGUGAAGACAUCAGGCGGCAAAGCUAAAGCCACACACUCUGUGAAGACGGCCCAGCCCACUAAACCAUAUAAAGCUGAGAAGACUAAAAAGACUGAGAAGGUUGAGAAGGCUGAGAAGACUAAGAAGACUGAGAAGGCUGAGAAGACUGAGAAGGCUGAGAAGACUAAGAAGGCUGAGAAGACUGAGAAGGCUGAGAAGACUAAAAAGACUGAGGAGACUGAGAAGACUAAAAAGGCUGAGAAGGCUGAGAAUACUGAGGAGACUGAGAAGGCUGAGGAGACUGAGAAGGCUGAGAAGACUGAGAAGGCUGGGAAUACUGAGAAGGCUGAGAAGAUUGAGAAGGCUGAGAAGAAAGCUGUGAAAGAGGCUCAAGAAAAAGAAGUAAAGACCCCUGGUAAAGCAAAAGAUUCUCAGACUGAGGAGAGUGCCCCGGACAAGAAGAAGACGUCGGGUCAAACAUUCUUGCAGUGUGUUUUUAUUGGUGGAAAGAGUGCCCACUACCCUUUGCUACCUUCCACCCCUGGUGUGACCCCUGUGUCGAUGAGCCCAGCCAUGCAGUCCAUGAUGAUGCAGCAGGUGCAGCAGCAGAAAGCCAGAGCAGUGGGACAGUAGACGAGCUCCUCACCCCUAUGCUGCUCCCUCAUCUCAGUCUGCACUUAAACCUUAACCAGCAGGUGGCGCUGCUUGUAUUUACUGCUGACCCACUGGCUUCUCAUUGAAAACGGAGGACAAUCACGAACUAAAGGGGAAGGAUGGAUGGACAGUACAGUAUUAUUUAUUUUUCUAUGACCGGUCGAGCUCCCGUGAGUUUCUAAGCCCCUAAUUUCCUUUCCUUUAGUUGUGGCUUUGCUGCUUUUUCAACACUCUUAGAAAAACGGUUACAAAAGGGAUCUUUAGCUGUCCCAAUAGGAGAAUCCUUUUUGGUUCCAGGUAAAACCAUUUUUGGUUCCAAGUAGAACCAUUUUGGGUUCCAUGUAGGACCCUCUGUGGACAGUGUUCUACAUGGAACCCAAAAGGGUUAUACUUGGAACCAAAAUGGUUCUACCUGGAACCAACAAGGGUUCUUCAAAGGGUUAUUCUAUGCGGACAGCCAAAUAACCCUUUUAGGUUCUAGAUUACACCAUUUUUUUCGAAGAGUGUAGCGCUCAGUGUUGAAUUCUUUGUGAUCUAUGUUUUUCUGUAUUUCUCUGUAUUCUGAUGUAUUUAUUAUGAACGGAGUGUAGGUUAUGGAUACAUCACCUUCAGCAGCAAAUGGAAUUGAUCAUUUUUGUACAUUUCAACCAAAUGCAAUGUACACAUGCAUAUCAUUUGUAUUUUAGCUGAAGUUCAAUGUCCUCUAAUGUAUAUAAUGUACAUCUUGAUGUUAAAUCUUGUCGUUUACGUUUGUCGAAUGGUUACUUCACACCAUUAUUUUUGUUACAUCGCAACAUUCAUCAAGUUCAUGAUUUCAAAGUUAAUGAUUUUUGGGCCAUACAUCUAUGGCACUCGGAUAUAAAUGGAGUUAGGAGUUUCA